AUGUCUGCCACUACACCGACCGACAACGAUCGAAAACCGCCUCCCGCAGGCCCUACUCAGUCCGGAGGUGCCAUACCUCCCGCAGUAUAUCCCCAAUAUCCACCUAGACUACCCGCCAUGGGACAAAACACAUGCAAAAUACUACCAGGACAGGCUCACCCUCCCGGACAGCCGUGCAACGUCUACACUCACCCGCCGGGGAGACAGUAUGUCAACGGACAGCCAAUUACUCAUCCAAAUUACUAUCAUCCUCAACCAAGUCAGUACGGGAGUUCAAACGGUUACCCGCCACAACACUAUCCACCCCAGCAUGAUCCACCACAACGCUAUCCACCUCAACCAUCACAACAUUCUCCAGAAUACCAUCAUCCCCAACCAAAUCCGUAUGAUCCAAACGGUUAUCCGCCGCAAUACGGUCAAGGGAACUACCACCCCAGCUCGGCGGGAUACUAUUAUAAGGGCCCGCCUGGAGAUCAGCACUGA